UCAGUCAUUUUGUUAAAAUGUCGAAUAAAAACUUUGGUGUCUUAACAAUUACCUUGCUGGUAUUUUGCGCAGUUCUUGGAGUCAAUUCACAUAACGAUAAUCCGGGACAGUUACCAACGAAUUGUGCUGAAGCAUUAAGAAAUUAUAAAAAUAGUGGCAUCUAUCAAAUUUAUAUACCAAAAUCAGGACUUAAGCCAUUUUACGUAUACUGUCUGAGAGAUCCAAAUAAUGGUCCCGGUUGGACAAUUGUCAACAGACGUCAAGAUGGUUCUAUAAAUUUCAAUCGCAAUUGGAUUGACUAUAAAGUCGGUUUUGGUAAUCUGGAAGGCGAAUACUUUAUUGGAUUGGAGAAGUUAUAUGCAUUGACAAAUAAUGGAAUUCAGGAAUUAUGGUUUCAGUUGGAGGAUUUUGAAAAUGAAACCCGUUCGGCAUUUUAUAGCAGUUUUGCUAUUGAUGAUGAGAGUUCGAAAUACUCAUUAAGUAUGGUUGGUAAAUAUUUCGGCAAUGCAGGAGACUCUUUUACUGUUCACGCUGGUGCAAAGUUUUCAACAAAAGAUAAUGAUAAUGAUACUUGGGAUGGAAAUUGUGCGGAUCACUAUACAGGCCCCUGGUGGCAUAAAGCCUGUCAUCAAAGCAAUAUGUUUGGACAGUAUUUACGUGGAUCGUACUCUAACGAUAAAUACGCACAAGGUGUUAACUGGAAUGCUUGGCACGGCUUUUACUAUUCACUCAAAUACACUCACAUGGCAAUACGCCCUGUUCGCAUAUAAAUUCAUUGGCCAUGCGAGUGGAACAGAUGUUAAGAACCAACAAAUAGUCAUUUAAUGUUCUAAAAAAAAUGGAAAAUAAAAGUAAAUUUUUUCUGUAUUAUUGUAAAAAAGAA